UCGGUUGGGAAGCACGUAGCAAGGUGCAUUUGAGUCGCCGUUCGAAAACAGAAGCAGCCAACUGCCCCGCCUUUACCUUGGCGAGGAAUUCCGGCGACUACAAGCGCAAAACAUAUAUAAGCAACUGCUAACAAUGAGGCCCGGAGUUGGGUGAACAGUAGCACCGCUGCGAGCACCGUAAGGACGUCAGCUUCUCCGGUCGUAUACCAACUUCAUAACCACCUCUGAGCAUUAUUGUUAUGUCACGUGACUCAAACCUACCAAUCGGGUACGUGGCUUGCACGAUACCGGGAGCGCAGUCGUCUGCUCUAUGCAGGUACCGAAAUAAUGGGUCGAGGCUCAUUAAUUUUGGACUGAGAAGGCCGCGGGAAUAGCUGGAACGCAAACAGCGGUGGAAACAGUGAAGCCAGCAAAAGCCUUUUCUCUGGAUCGCCUCGAGUGUUCGGGAGCCCCGCAAGAGGUCAUGGGACAUUCACGGCCGCUCGGGCGAUUCCUAUUUCGCUUGGUAGCUGCAGGACUGAUUCUGCUGGUAUCGGCGGAGGAGCCGGACUUCAUGAAUCAAGUGAUGCCCGUGAUAUGCGCGGCUACCCAGAAUUUGACAAGGCGGAUCUGGUAUUUGGCUUGCGUGGAAUACCUCAUGGAGUACGGGCUGGAAAACGACGCCAACUACUGCUUCAGCAGCGUGAACACGCAGACCUGGGAAGAAGCGUUCGGAUUCUUCUGCGGGGACAAAGAGGAGGACAAGCACCAUUUCCUGAUGCAGUGCUUCUCGGACCGCAUCAACGAGAACGUCAUGUACGACGCCAGGGACGUGGACAAGAUGCUCCGGAACUGCAAGUACAGGAUCCCGCCGGACUGAACCUUUUGCUCGACCGCUGCGUCGAAUGAGGCACACGAGCGUGACGUCACUGUACUGCGGAGCCAGAGCGAUGGGCAUUUCGCGCGACGACGGACGGUUGUCGUCACAAGCUGUCUCGCAUCCGAUAUAAUCAGCUUGUUUCUCUUGUCAAAUUCAUUUUUAAAAAAAAAGGAGGUAAGGGGGAGGGAAACGUCGAAAUGCUUGUUUGGUGUUUGCGUACAUAACUUGGCUAUAAGACGCAGUAUAUCCUGCAUCAAAAACGGAAGCUGCCCUCCUUCACGUACGAAGUAUCUUCCCGGCGACCCGAAUACUGAAGGCGCAAAUGCAAAUUCGCAGACGCCAUACUGCCGAUCUGCAAGUGAGUGUUCAAGCAAGGGAGAUGUGAGGAUGCGGAGAGGAGGUCGACAAUCGCACCUGUAGUGAUAUUUCAGCACAGUCGAGCUUCCAUGCAAGGUGUUAUAAAGGGCACACGCAUUCUUGUUUAAAAUCUGAUGCACGCCGCCAGCUCAGCCAAGACGUUAUAGAAAACUGUGACGUGGGCAUGUUCGAGUGCAUUCAUCUUGCGGAAAACAGAGCGAUACGGGAGCGUUGGAUUUCUUCCGGAACUGCCGCACAGUUUGCGCACGAGUUCGGUGGUGGCUUACAAUGUUCACUCCGGGCUUUCGCAGAGGUAGUUCCAAAAGCAUUUGGCAUCAUGCUUCGUUCCAGGUUUUUGUGCCCGUAUUCCCAAGUGCUCACGUGCGCGCGUAAUAAAACGUGUUUCUACCUUAACAAAUUUUCGAGUUGCGAUUUCAGCGCUUGUUUCUUGUUGCCUCCGUCCGCGGUGUUUUCUUAAAAGAACACUAAAGCGUAGCGAUAAAUCAGUCCAUACUAACGAAGUAUAUUCUUUGAAGCUUCUAAGUGCAUUUAUAUGGCGGGAAAGGCUGCGUAUACGAAAGAAGAAAAUGGACGCCCAAGUUUCCAUUUUUUUAUUUUUACUACAACAACCGGUACGUCUACGUGGUGUCACACACAAAGCUUUCUUUUCUCUCUCCUUUUUUCCUUUUUUAGUCGUCUUCGCACGGGAAAAGUUUUCCAAGCUUGUUGGGUUUAGUGUAUGCCAAAUUUAGAACGUAAUGUAAACCUUGCUCCUCGAUAAACAGAACUACUCAGUGGCAGGUACCGUUAAAAUCCGUGACCUCACGUGGUGCCUGCGCGAGAACCUUAAGGUGACAUCACCACACGUCCUUUCCUGACGUACCAAUCCUCCGCUCAUAUAACGAGCUUGGCCUUUUUAGUGUUGCAUAGGUGUAAUUUAUACUGUCCCUGUAUAUCAGUGCAGUUCCAGGUGUUGUAUUUCAUCUGUACAUCAAGGGAAGGCAACGAGAUGGGUUUUUUUCUUGCGGACGGUUAGCGUGACAAAGUGGUUAGAGCGUGUUUGCCACCGAAUGCGCCAUCUACAUCUGAUCGCUUCAUAAUAUAUAUAGAGAGCAUCGUAAGCGAAAUGCGAAGAUUGUGGGUUUGGUUCCCACCCACGGCAAGUUGUUUUUUAAUCCACUUUAAUUUCCAUAAAUUUAUCGUUUCUUUAUUUCAUUUAUUAAGCACAAGUAAUUUCCCCUAUGUUGUCCUUGGUGUCAGUGUUUGUUGGCUUCUUAUGAUAUGACAAAUAAAAAUCGGGCCCCUCGGUUAAACCCCCUUUCUUCUCGUUUAUAUAGACAGAUAUACGCACGCCCACACCGGGUGUCCCAGUUAACUUGGACCAAUAAUUUAAAAAAGAACCAAAAGCUCUACAGGAAUCGUAUCGAGCGCAUAGUAGCCGUAGUCGUGUGUAUUGGCGGCGAGGAGUUACGGAGUCGCCAUCUAUCGGAAGCGCCUCGCUGGCGUAGUAUGAGGGAUCACGUGGCGCGCUCCUCAUAGGUUUUGCUGUCAGCGCUCACUGAAAACACCACGCGCGAGCUCUCCCGGACAUUUCUGUCAGUACUUUCGAAACGAGAGAAGUUUUUUACUGUCUAAAUAAUAACCUUGGGCAAACUGAAAUCACAGAAUCGUUUACAGACGCUAUCUCUUUACCGAAUACGUACAGUGAACGCCACUGCGCGCGGUCGCCGCGAUGGAGUCUCCCGAACCGGCUUCUUGCGUGAAAGGUAGGUAAACGUUGAGCGCAAACUAUGUGAAAUAUGUUCUAAUAGUGUUUGUAUAACUAAAUGGAGCGUAAUAGAAUGAAGCCUCAAUGUGGCGAUCGCACAGAUUCGCAGCAACCGACUGCACGUCUGCAUGCUUGUCCCCGCACUGUUUCGCUUUCGCCGCGUGCGCGUUUUCGCACCGUGCCAUGAGCUUUAGGCCGCAGAAUAUGAGCAUUUGACAGUAUACGAGCAACCAUUGUUGCGUGGGCGCUAUCAGAGCUGUUCAAAAUAAUUUCAUUGUAGAGACUUCGACGCCUACGGGGAACUGUGAUGUGCCGUCGCGACGAUUCGAUCUUUUUUUUUCUUCUAAAUUCUUGGACGUUUCAACAUUAUUUCUCGAGUUGCGUCGCACUGUUUGUUUAUCGGUGUUCUCUGCAUGUGAUUUCCCGCUGCUGCUUUUUUUGUAAUCCAGUGCAUUAAUUCAUAACACAAACAUGACCAUAUGCCAUGCUUUUUUUUUUUUUAAUGUGCUUCUUACCGCUCCCUUUCCACUCCAGUGAACUUGCCAGUAUCUAUAGCAUCGGCAAGUUCAUAGACCAAACCGUCAUGACAUUAGUCGGGCAGCGGACUCGGGCGAGCGUCUCAGUGCGCGUUUUCCGAACAUUCCAGACCCGGCGCCGUAGCAGAAAUCUUCCUUGCGUCUGUGCUUGCUGCAUACCCGAGUUGUAGCCGAUGACUGUUUGCCGGUUUUAUGUUUCGCGAGCCAAGCUUGACGCAGCUUCUUGUCCUGCAGCUACGUGUGAAUAAGGGUGACACUGGGCUCCGUUGCGUACGUCCGGCACUGCGGCACCGAGCAGUAGCCUACCAUGUUGCGCGCCUCUAAAGUCAGCCACUACCUAUUGUAGUGCUUUCAAGCGUUGUAAAGGAGACGCUCGACGCGGGAAAAUACCGCCACUAAAUGAGGACUGCAGCGUACGAGGGAAUUUAAAACUCGUUUUCAGCUCACUUCGGCGCUCCCGAAGCAGCCGACGCGGCCGCUAUGUCCACGUGAUCCCUAAUAGCACGUCACGCCGACGGUGGCGCCAGCUUUUCCAGUGGUGGAGCUCGAGGCCAAUACCAUGCUUAUACGAUGUGGCGAUAAACGAGUGCAGCCGUAUAUCUUUCAAAGGUUGCUUGGAGGCGCUUGAGUAGUGGCGCGCAAGCCGCGUCUAUUUCGUAUUUCGCGGGCUUUUGUUUUUUCUUGAAAAAAAAAAAACCAAUCAGGCACACUUCACGAAAUAAAUGCUUGAUUUCAAGGUUACUUAAGGUGCCCCACAACUAUGUAAUUGACACGUUUGCGAUUCAAGCAAUUAAAAAGUGCGCUAAAAGAGAUUUUUUAUUCGUGAAAAAAAAAAUACUGGCUUAAUUACACACGACUGCACCUACUAUGCAGUCGGUACGAUUUCUUUAGAGCCCUUGGUCUUUUUUUUUUUUUUGAAAUCGUGGUCCAAGCUAACUGGGACAGCCGGUAUAUAUAGAGGAAGCCACCGAUGGCCACUUACGCGUAACAUUGGUAAAUUUUCAACGACAAAGCGAUAGCGCAUUCUAUAGUCAGCUAGUCCUGUGUUGCCAACGACGCAGUGAAACAUGGGCCAGUAUUUGUCUACUUCUCUGCAUUCCUUGUUUGUUGGUGCCUUGUUCUGAAGAUGGAUUACAGUGCUUGAAUACCAAAUAGGUCAGUCUUACCGUAAGCAGUGGCUUUAGCACUGUGGGAUUGAUAUGUCAGAAGUGACAACAGAAGAUGGGCAGCAACAUAUGAUCUUGGAAUUCCUGCACGAGUUUUUCGUGCAUUAGUUUCAGCACCAUUUGCUUGAGGCUCGUUAACUGUUUAUCAACAACAACAAAAUUACACUUAAUUAAAAAAAAGCAAACAAGUCCUGGCAUCGACAUCUUGUGAUGCUCUUGUUCAACAUAAUUUGUAAGAAAUGCGCUGGAGACAUUUACACACAGAUAGGGAUAGCUCAGACAGACACAAGAUGUGCAGACAGCUUUAACCUAAAAUACAUACAUUCUCUGCUGCAGAUUACUGUGCAAAUAUGAACGAUAUCUCGUAUGCCUGCUCAGGACGAAUUCUUUUUCUUGUUUAUUUGUGCAAGUUUUGUACAGCAGAAGAUACUCUUAAACUCGGAUGACAGAAUUAGCUAGAACUUCUGGCCAAGUUUACCUUUGGGCAGCGAUUACUGGCAUGAAUCUUUGCCCCAGGAAUGCAGUCAUACUGUGAAUAUAGAUAACUUUUAAGUACAAACCAAAUAUUUAUUUCUUAUGCAAUAAAAUAUGCUGGUGUUUAGAGUCAA